GCUGAGCCGCCCGGACCCGGACGCCCUCCGCGAGUCCGCCGCCCCUGCGCUUCGGCCCCCUCCCUCCACCGGCAGCCCGCCCGCAGGCGCCACGGACAAAGAGGCGGCGGCAACUUCUGUUGCCACGGCGAUGACGCCAAGCAGAAGCCGGGAUACCGCGGCCGCCGAUGACAUCGCCGCAUUCGGACGGGCGCUCGCAGCGCAGGAUUCCGAGGCGGCCGACCGGGAAGAGCGAGGAAGGGGCAGUCCCGGCAAAUUGCAAUCCGAGGUGAUCGUAGCCCCGCCUCCUCCGUGGCCAUUCGCCGCCCCCCAGCGCCCGUCCACCAGCGUCCUAGCGGCUUUCAUCACCCCCAAGCGAACCCGUCUCCACGGCGACGAGGAUGCUGACGAUCUCCGUCGCCGUGCGGAUGCGGGAGGAGAACCGCCGCGCGAUGUCGUCCGCGAGGCGCCCGGCAGCCAAUCGGGAGGCUGCGUUGCGGAGCGGGACUCGGGCGGCCUCUCUGCUCUGGAGGAGGAACAGGAGGAGGAGGAGGAGGAGGAGAGGAGGAGUAGGCGGCGGCGGUGGCAACACGAGGAAGAGAAGAGGAGGCUGCUGGCGGAGGAGAAGCGGCGACUCUUCCAGGAACAGGAGGAGCUGAGGAAGCUGAAGGAGAGGAGGCGCCGCCAGGAGGAGCAGCUCCUCCAGGAGAAAGGAGAGCGCGACCGCCGGCUGCGGCAGGAGGAGGAGGAGGAGGGGAGGAGGCGCCGGGACGCCCGCCAGGAGGAGGCCGGACUCGUGAGGAGGAGGGAGGAGGAGGAGGAGGAAGAGGAAAGGAGCAAGGAGGAGGAGCGCCGGCAGAGGAGGGAGGAGGAGACACGACGGAUGCUGCAACGAGAGAAAGAGGAGGAGGCGGAGAGGAGGAGGCGGCGCGGGAGAGAGGAGGAAGCAAAGGAAGAGGAGAGAAAAAGGAGGCAGAAAGAGGGGAAGGAAGAAGAGGAACGGGAGAGGGAGAGAAAGAGGAGGCUCGACGGGGACCGGCUGAGGGAGGAGAAUGGCGGAAUGGAGAGGACGAAAAAGGAGGAAGAGGCGGCGACAGGGGAAGAAAGACAGAAAAGGGAGGGUGAGCCGAGGAAGAGGAGGUGGGAAGAGGAGGAGCGGAGAGUCGAGGACGAGAGGCAACGAUUGAGGGGGGAGCAAGACAGGAUGCGGAAGGAGGAGGAGAUGGAGAGGAAGAAAAGCGAGGAGGAGGAGAGAAAGAGGAGGUGCGACGAGGAGGAGAGGGUGACGCCAAGAUUGAGAGAGGAGAAAGAGACGGUGGAGAAAGAGAGGAGGCACGAGGAGGAGGCGAGGAGGGACGAUGGAGAAAGAAAAGAGGAUCGGGAGAGGGAGGAGAAUGAAAGGAUGGCGAGGAAAAAAGGGGGGGAACUGGAGAAGAAGGAAGAGGAGAGAAUCGAUCAGGAGAUGCAGAGAUUGAGAGAGGAGAAAGAAUGGAGGGAGAAAAGGAAAGCAGAGCUAAAGAGAAGGGAGGAAGAGGAGAGGAGGAAAGAGGAAGAAAGAAAGAUGGAGGGCGAAGAGAGAAAGAGGAGGUGUGAAGAGGAGGAGAGCGUCAAGGUGGAAAAGGAGAGACGGCAAAGAUCGAGGGAGGAGAAUGAGAGGAAGAAAAUGGAGGAAGAGAGGAGGAGAAAGAAAGAGGAGGAAGAAGAUAGGAGGUGUAGAGAGGAGGAGAGGCUGAAAGUGGAAACGGAGAAAGAGAUGACAAGAUUGAGGGAAGAGAAAGAGGAGGAGGUGAAGCAGAGGCGUGGCCAGCAGGAGUCGCUCGGUGCUCUCCGGCUCCCCCUGCUGGGCGCCAGCUGCAUGACGCCCCCAAGUCUCAGCCAAUCAGGAGAGACGCAGGCAGCCGAUCAGCGUGGAACUGCUGAGGUGGACGCUCCUGCUAGGCCAAUCGUAGCAAAGGCCCCGCCUCUUGGUCCUCCUGCUGUGUCAGUGGUCGAAGACGUGUCCAAGUUAGCAGACGAGAAGACGUCAACCCUUUCAGAAGGGUCGCUGCGGACAUCGGCAGCUGAGGAAGAGGAGGAGGAUGAAGAGCGUGCGGCACAGGGUUGCCAGUCGGCAGCGGCUGAACAGAACCCGCCGGGUUCUGAAGGUUCACUUGAGGUCCACGUGGAUCACGCGGUGGACCCGUUCCCCUGGACCGCGUCCUCCGCCGAACCGGAGCCCGGACCUUCAGAUCGGCCGCAGCUCAGUCUUGUCGCCCGGCUGCGUCUGGUUGCCAAGGAGCGGGAGGAAGAACGAGAGAAGGGGAGUAGCAGGGAAGAAAGGACAGAGGAGGAGCAAGGAAAGCCAAAGAGGAGAGGGGAAGAAAGAAGGGAGGAGGAGGAGGAAGGGACGAAGGAAGAAGAGGAGGCUCGAGAGCUGAAGAGGAGGGGAGAAGGAAGGAGGAAGGAGGAGGAAGAAGAAACACCCAAUGGCGGGAAAGAUGAGGAGAAGGAAGGAGGUGAAAAACCCAAAAUGGAAGAGGAGGAGAUGAAGAGUAGGGUGAGGGCAGGAGGACGAGAGGAAGCGAAGCGCAGUAAGGGCGAGGAUCUGCAACACGACCGGCAGGUCGUCGGCAGCCGAUCGGAGGUUGAGCUGCCACUCGGGGAGGCGGAGCUUUAUGACAUUGGGUAUGAGGAGGAGCAGGAUGAAGGUGAUGAUGAUGAUGAUGAUGAUGAUGAAGAGUAUCGGCCAACACACCUCAAACCAGCUGGGAUCAAAAACCCUGGUGAUCCUUGUCCUGGUAGCCAUCCUGGUCAUCCUGGUCCUCCUGGUAAUUUUACUCGCACUGGUACCCGUGGUUCUCCUAGUCCUUCAAAUCCUCCCAGUCCUCCUGGUCAUCUUGCUUCUCCUAGUCCUCUGAGUCUUCCUAGUACGCUCAGUCCUCUUGGUGAUUUUACUCACGCUUGUACCCAUGAUCCUCCUGGUCAUCAUGGUUCUCCUAGUCUUCCUGGUCCUCCUGGUCUUCUCAGUCCUGAUUUUUGUCAUGCUGGCACCCACGGUCCUUCUGGUCAACUUGGUUCUCCGUGUCCUCCUGGUGAUGUCGCUCCUCUCGGUCUCCCUGGUCUUCCUGGUUCUCCCGGUCCGGACUCAGUCGUGGAGGAGGAGGCUGGCGCCGAUGCGGAGGAGUUGGAGUUUGAGGCAGGUCACGAGGAUCUAGGCUCCAUAUGGUCGGCCGAGCUCUACGUGGGGGGCCACGCCGGAGGCAGACCGUCUGCCCCACAUCAUGACCACAACGACCUCGAUGUGGCACAAAACGGCGGCGCCCGUGGAGACGGAGAUAAGCGCGUUAGCGUCACACGGAGUCUGCGGGAGGAAGAGCGGCUCCUAUUGGACAGAAUCCAGGUGAUGUCACUGGACACGCCCCCCGGCACCAGGAAGCUCCCGGUUCCCGCGCCGGGCGAGAUCCAAGAUGCGGAGACGGAUGGCGGGCGGCGAUUGGUCGAGUGCUCACCGGGGCCGUCGGGAGACUGCGUGUCUGUCGAUCAAUGCAUCGAUGGCGCCGCUCGCCUUAGUAACAGCGACGCAGCUUCACAAGCCGGGCUAAUCAGAGGGGCGGCUGACAGGCAGGAGGACAACGGCGGCGAGUGUGACCGUCAGGGCCCGGCGACCUCCAGCCGGUCGCUGCUGCGGUGGUGUCAGGAGGUCACAGCCGGCUACGCGGGGGUCAAGGUCACCGACUUCGGCGCUUCCUGGAGGAACGGCCUGGCCUUCUGCGCCCUCCUGCAUCGCUUCCACCCCGACCUCGUAGAUUUUGACGAGUUGAAAGCGCACGACAUCGAAAUGAACAACAAGAAGGCCUUCGCCGCCUUCGAGUCUCUGGGCAUCUCGCGCCUUCUGGAGCCGUCCGACAUGGUUCUGCUUUCGGUUCCGGACCGCCUCAUCGUCGUGACGUACGUCAGCCAGCUGCGGAGUCGCUUCACGCAGCGGGAGCUCGGCGUGCUGCACCUCGAGAGCGACGCCAGCCGCUACGGCCCCGCCCCCGCCCCCGGCGAGCCCGGCGCCGUGCCGUUCCCGCCGCCGAGAGCCAAGAGGCCGCUUAAAGAGGAGUCCGCGUUUCCUCUUCCCGAGGAUGAAGGAGAAAGCGUCAGCGAGUCUGCAGGAAGCCUUCGGGAACUUGAGUCCCAGCAUACGAAAGCAGAAGACAAGGCAACGGAUACGAGUCAAUACGUGCUGAGCGAGCUGGCGGCGUUGGAGGCGGAGCAAAAGCACGUCGACGGCAGGGCGGCGGCGGUGGAGCGGCGGCUCAGGAGCCUCAUGGAAACCGGAAGCGACCGCGCCGAGGAGGAGCGGCUGAUUCAGGAAUGGUUCACGCUGGUCAACAAGAAGAACGCGCUGAUACGAAGACAAGACCAGCUGGAACUCAUGCAGGAGGAGCGGGACCUGGAGCGGAGGUUCGAGCUGCUGACUCGGGAGCUGCGGGUCACGAUGGCCGUCGAAGACCGGCAGAAGUCGCGCGCCCAGUGCGAGCGCGAGCAGCGCCUCCUGCGGGAGUUGCUGUCUCUGGUCGACCGGCGCGACGACGUCAUCAGAAACAUGGACGCCAAGGAGCGAGGGGCGCUGGAAGAGGACGAGCGUCUGGAGCGCGGCCUGGCGAUGAGGAGGCGCAAGUACGACGACAAGGACAAGUGUGUUGUGCAGUAACGCGCGCACACGCACGACUGCUGUGCUUUCCCUGUCACGUCACUGUUUAUUCAUUUGCGUGUAGAUUUUACGCUGGUGUGUGUGUGUGUGUGUUUUAAAAAAAUAUGUUGACGAUGAGCCGGACUCGACAUGGCGGCUGUCGUCCGUUAGGAGUGUUAAAUUUACGCUUGAAUUCAAAUGUUUUAAAUAUCUCAGCGUUAUGAAGAUUUUCUUUAGCGAGACGAGAUUUGACAAACAAUGUAUGACGUCACCAUCCGGCAGGGGGCGGAGCCAAGUGAGCUUCAUCAAGAUAACUUAUUGUAAUCAAUAUUAUCGUCUUGACGAUAAUAAAUUAUGAUGAAUAACUCAAAA